AAUGUCACGUGACCUGACAAAGUACAAGUGACAACAAAGAGCUGAAGAACAGCUGGAGUAUGAAAGUACAGGGAGGGAACCUGGAACUUUAAGAGGAACCGAAAAUGGCUGAGUUUUUAAAAAAAAUAUAUAUAAUGAUCUUUUACUGAACGCCAUUUUUAAUAUUUGCGGUGUGACCAUGGAGGAAGAUUCGGACACGAGAGAAAUCCUGUCUGGGGACGCGCUGAGGCCGCUGGAGGAGCAGGAGGAGGAGGUGGGGGUGGAGGAGGGAAGCCGCUCUGACUGUCCGCGCUCUCCGCCGUUCGCGUGUCCGUUGUCGGUCACUGUCGAGCCGGUGCUCUUCCUCUCCAUGUUCUCUCUGUCGCUGCAGAUGCCCCUUUACACUCAGUACCUGUGGGACCGCAUUAGCGAGGACGUGGGCUAUAACGGCACGAGAGGAGCAGGAGGAGGGGGGUGUGCUAACUCUUCUGCUGAACACGACCCGCUUCAGAAGGAGGUGGAAACUCUAACUGCACACUGGAACCUGUACAUCAAUCUGGGAGGUUUUCUUGUGAGCCUCUUCAUUGUGAUCCUGAUCGGCUCGUGGAGUGACCGAGCAGGACGCCGACUCGUCUUGAUUCUUCCCAGUUUAGGCCUGGCUGUCCAGGCUACUGUCUACCUGAUGGUCAUGUACCUGAAAUUGCCUGUAGUAUGGUUCCUAUUGGGACGGAUCUGCAGCGGACUGUCUGGGGAUUUUAAUGCUAUUCUGGCUGGCUGCUUCGCUUAUGUGGCUGACAUCAGUGACAAGCGUUCUCGCACGUUCCGUGUGGCAAUACUGGAGGCAUGCCUGGGGGUGGCUGGCAUGUUUGCAAGCAUAAUUGGGGGAAAAUGGCGACACGCACAAGGGUAUAUCAACCCUUUCUGGCUUGUGCUGGCCACAAACUUGGCCACAGCCCUUUACGCUUUCCUCUUUGUACCCGAGUCAGUGACUCCUGACCCUGGGGCGAGGUUCUUCUCCACCUCUCACCUCAGAGCUGUCUAUAAGCUGUAUACAUCUGGAGGACAGGGAGGACACAGGACCAGACUCUGGCUCUAUACCCUCUGCUUCUUCCUGGUGAUCACCGUGCAUUUCGGCGCACGGGAGCUGUACGUGCUCUAUGAGCUGAGCACACCUCUGUGCUGGGGCUCUGAGCUGAUCGGGUACGGCUCAGCCAUUUAUCACGUGGCAUACCUGACCAGCCUGCUAGGCCUGAGGGUUCUGCAGUUCUGUCUCGAUGACUCCUGUGUGGCUAUCCUUGGCCUGGUGUCCAACAUAUCUAGCUUGGUGGUGUUUUCAGUUGCGAAUACUACAGGUCUCAUGUUUACAGGAUACGGCCUGUGCUUUUUCUUUAUGGCCGUCACCCCAGUCCUCAGAUCCAAACUGUCCAAACUAGUGGAUGCCUCAGAACAAGGUGCACUUUUUGCCUCGGUGGCUUGUGUAGAAGGUCUGUGCUCACUGGUGGCCAGCGGAGUCUUUAACUCGCUCUACCCCGCCACCUUACACAUGAUGAAGGGAUUUCCUUUCCUCUUCGGAGCCAUACUACUUCUCUUUCCUGCUGGAAUAAUCGGGGCUUUGUGGUACAGAGAGAACACUACAGACCAUGGAGAAACUUCAGUGAACUGAUACUGGCUCAGCAAAAUCCUUGACAUUGAGAAGAAGGGCCAAAAGACAAGAAUCAACCAGUGGUCUGUUUACUGUUGACUAACUUUUUUUUUUUUUUUUUUCCAAUAAAUUUUAACUGUAUUAACAAGCUUAGGAUCAAUGAGCCAUCAUGUCACUGACGUCCUUUAAAGGACAAUGGAAAAUAAAAAGUCUUAAAAAUGA